AUUUCACAUAGAAACACAUCCACACACACACACACACACGCACAGAGCAAGAGAGAGAGAUAGAGAGAGAAACAUUCACUGAGUAGUAUCAUCAUUAAAACUACAUUAUCGAUUAAUAAAAGCAAAUAUUUCUCUUUUACUCUCACUCUCGCUCUCUCUCUCUCUCACACACACACACUAUUUAAUCACUGUGCCAUAUUUUUUAUCCAAUUAUAAUAUCUUAUUCAUUUUAUUAACCAAUCAUAAUUGAAAUCAUAUGAUGUUAAUAAUUCCAAAUAAAAUAAAUAUAAUAUUAUUUGUAAAAUGCCAAAAUCAUCAUUGAUAAUUAAUUUGUUCCGAUCAGUAAAUCAAGCAACAAAGAUAAUAAUAACUACAACAAUACACAAAUGAGAAUACCCAUGCACCCUCAUACACACAUACGUACGCACAUGCACACAUACGCGUACGCAUGUAUUUAUACACCUACGCAUUUUUUCAAAAAUUAAAUAAUUAUAUUAGUUAAUUAAAUUAUUCAUAAAUGAUAAAAAGAAAAAGUAAAAAAAAACAACAACAAAAGAAAACAAAAACAAAAACAAAAUGAAUAGAAUAGAAAUUCUUUUACUGUAAAUGAGAAUAGUACUAUAUAUAUAUAUAUAUAUAAUUUUUGUUUCCAAGUAAAGAUAAACUCAUAUUGAACAAACUAUUCAUAAUAUUGAACUCAAAUAAUAUUUGGCUUUAAGAGUUUCUUCUUUCAAAGAAACGUGUAUAUAUAUAUAGAGAGAGAGAGCGAGAGAGAUAAAGAGAGAUAUACAGAUUCAUAAUACGUGAAUUGUUUACAUGUUAUAAACUAUCAUGUCUAUUUCAUAUGUUGAUGAUAUAUCGGAUGGUCAAGGGAUAUUUAUCUUUGUCAAAAUACUUAGAAGAUGGAAAGGGAGUUUGUACAAAUUGGUAUGGGUAGACUUAUUAAUCUACAUCUCAGCUUAUUAUGUUUUAAAUUUAUCUUAUCGGUUUGCAAUGAAUGACAAGCAAAAAGUAAUAUUUGAAGAAAUUGUUGAAUUCUGUGUUAGAACUAAAGGUGAUAUACCUAUAUCAUUUUUAUUGGGAUUUUUUGUAUCUGGAAUAAUAUCACGUUGGUAUCAAAUGUAUUUAUAUAUACCAUGGAUGAAUCAAAUUGCACUACAAAUUGCUUCAUCAAUUAAUGCAAAAAAUGAAGAAGGUUCACGUAAAAUUCGUUUAACUAUUAUGCGUUAUAUGAAUUUAGCUUGGGUAUUAAUGAUGAAACGUAUAUCUGAUCAAAUUGCAUGUCGUUUUAUUAAAAAUGAUGAUAUUGGUAGUUUACCAAGUGCAUUAGGUCCUGUAUUACCUAAACGUAAAUCAACUAAUCAUAAACAUUUAAUAAGUAGAAAUACAUGUCAACCAUGGUCAAUUGAUGCAAGUGAAGUUGUACGUACAUCACCAUCAAAAUCAAUAUUACAACAACAAUUAUCACAAUCACAAUAUCCAAUACAAACAAAAUUAGAUAGUCCAUUAAAUAAUAUAUUUAUUCAACCACAAACACCUAAUACACCAGAUGUUCAUACACCAUUAGCACCAUUAGCUACUGAUGAAGAAUAUGGUGCAUUACCUGAUGCAUUUGAAGCAGCUGAUGUUGUUGAAUUAAGAGAAAUGUUAAGAGCACUUAAUCAAGAUCAAAAAGUAAAAAGUUCAUUUGGUGUAUUAAUUACUGAAAAAGAAAUUUCAUCAUUUGAACGUAUAGCAGCUGAUUGGUUUCGACGUACAAAAACUAAUUAUACACCAGAAUAUUGGAUACCUAUACAAUGGGCACAAAGAUUAACAUUAAAAGCAUUACAAAGUGGUUAUAUUGAUGAUCCUAAAGUAGCAUUUUAUACUGUUGAAAAUAUUGGUAGAGUUAGACAAAGUAUGCAGAAUUUACAAGUUUACAGUAGUAUUAUGAUUCCAUUAGUGUAUACUCAAGUUGUAAUUAUAGCAGUUUAUAGUUAUUUUAUGUGUCAAAUAUUUGCUUGUCAAUUUGUUGAACAUCGUAAUCAAAAUGGUCAACAUAAUGUGGAUUUAUAUGUCCCGAUAUUUAGUAUAUUCUCUUUUCUAUUCCUUAUGGGUUGGUUAAAGGUAGCUUUAUGUGUUAUGAAUCCAUUCGGUGAUGAUGAUGAAGAUUUUCAAACAUCAAAAAUUUUAGAUUAUAAUUUAGAUGUUAGUUAUCGAUCUGUAUUUAUGGAUCCUGAUACUUUUCCAGAAAAUUUAUCUGCACCAUUAGGAAAGAAACGAUCCGAUGAUAAUGAAAUAGAUGAUUUACAAAAAUUUUUAGAUCAAGUUGAUUAUGAAGUUGCUGAAGUUAGAAAUAAAGGAUUAUUAAAUGAUGUAUCUAACUUGGAAAUGCAUCCAUCAUUUUGUGAACGUGCAAGAAAUUUAUGUUGCUGUGAGAAAAAGAAACCACCACCACCUCCAAUUAUGGUUACAAACGUAGAUUAUGCUAAACUUAAUUCACAUUUCAAAUUAGAAAAACCAAAAUUCAAAAAAUUUAAUACAGAACAAGUAUGAUAUAUAAAUAUUUGCUUUGUUUUUUUUAGACUACUUAUAUUCUUAUUCAGUAGUCUACUCAGAUAAUCAACAUUUUAUUUUUGAAAAGCUUCUAUGUACUUUUUUUCUUAUGAAAAUUAAUUAAUUUAAUUUAUACAUAUCAAAUCGAAUUGGAUCUAACUGAUUCCAUUAGAUUCCUUUCUAAUAUAACACUGUUUAUUAUUAAUUAAAUUAAUCAAUGAUAACCAUAUGAUCAUUUAUAAUGAUGAAUAUAGAAUGAUGAAAUGAAAAAAAAAAACUAAAAACUAAAAACAAAACAGAAAAAAAAAGAAAACAUUCCAUAAUUUAUUGAUCAUCAAUAUUGAUUGAUCUCUAAUCCAUUGAUUUUUAUAACAAAAAUGAUCAUUAGUUUUUUUCCCAUAACAAUAAUGAGAUUCAUCUACACAAUCAUGUUGAAUAUCAAUACACUUUAAUACUAAUACUACUACUAAUACUAUUACUAAUACUACUACCACUACUACUACUACUACUACUACUACUACUACUACUACUACUACUAAUACUAAUACUAAUACUAAUACUGCUAAUAUUAUUAAUUACUGGUGUAUAUUAAAUAAAUAGAUUUUGUCUAUGUGAUAAACAUACUACUUAUUUAAUUGUAUUCAAUUGUUAUUUGGUUAAUGAAAUUUCAUAAGAUGAAUUGUAGAGAAUAAAAUUUCAUUUUUAUGAUUUCAUUGUGAGUUUGUUUUUUUUUCUAAUUAAAUGGAAUUAAUACCAGAAGGUGGUUAUUCUUUGUGGAGAUUGUAAUGAAUUCAAUAGUUGAAUUCACAAGUCAUUUAAAGUUAAACCAUCAUGGAAAACCUGGAAGCAUUGGACGACUGAUUCGUCCUAAUAUGGGACUACUCAGCAGUGCGCAUAUCAAAACAUUGAAGACAAUGGUGUACGGUUUCGUGGAUUAGUUGAAGCUAGACAUUAAUACCGUUGGAUACCGGCCAGCUCAGUGGUCUAAUGGUCAAGCGCCCGUGCGCAAGACUGUUAGGUCAUGGGUUCGAAUUUCGCGGGAGGCGGGAUCGUGGGUGCACGCUGCUGAGGAGUCCUACGAUGGGACGAGACGGUCGUUUAGUUCUUCUAGGUUUUCUAUGACGGUCUAGCUUUAAUUGACUCAUGAUUUCAACUAGUGAAAUUAUUCAUUUGUCAACCUUAACUGUUUUUAUAUGAGCGUAUUGUGUGUGUGCUCUUCUUAUACUGUUCAUCACAUAUCUGUAACCUAUUUUUAUCUGGCUAUUAAUAUUGAUUAACGCUUGGUUAAAUGAACUUGGCUCACCAGACAUCUCCACUGCGCGUUAUUUCGCUUCGCUCGCUUCCAUUCUCUUUAUCUCUCUCAUUUCCUGUCCAGAUCAGUGAGUGUACAGAAUAUUCGAAAAUCUUUCACGUAUUUGACUUAUUUUAAUUCCUUUAUUCGAUAAGUCUAUAAUGCCCUGGUACGACCAAAGGUAGGGAGAGUCAGCUCUAACCUAUUCAAAUGUUCUCACAUGGCCAUGUGUAUACAGCCUUUGCCAUGGAAGUCUAACUCACUGCCUUCUCGCGGCAUUACUGUUCUUUACGAAAUUGAAAGGAUGAAAAGCAAAUGUCCGGCGCUCUAACCAGGCUCGUAGAUAUGAAAAAUCCACCUAGAGGAGUUGGAAAACCCUCAUUCUAAAGUAAAAGUGCACAUAGGCUCCAGUAUCCUGAAGGUACAAAUGGCGUAUGAAUCAAUUAUUGGUUACUGGCUACCAACUCCACUAGGUGCAUCAUCCGUAUCCAACAACCCGGUUAAAAUGUCGGAUAUUCGCUUUUCGUCCUCUCAUUUCCGUAAACAACAGUAAUGCUGCGAGAGGGUAAUGAGUAGGAUUCCGCUGGUAGCGGGUGUGUACGCAUGUCUAUGUGAGAGCAUUUCGAGGAGGAGAGAUGAAUCGCCCCACCCUGGACCGUAUCAGGGCAUUUAGAGGAAUGAGUGGAAAAACCACAUGAGUUUUGAUGUGAGCCGAAAUAUAAAGGAAUGUUAUUCAAAUACAAUAAAAGUGAAAAAGUGAUUGUAAGACAGAAGUCAACUAUAGUGAUCACUGAUUGUGUGUAGAAAUAAGAGAAAAUCUAUUAUAACAAUUAUUUAUUCACAGAGUUAAUCUGUUCAUGUUUCCAAAUUACCGAUCGAAUCUAUGUACUCACUGUCUUCUCGCUGCAUGGGUGGUUUUACGAAAACGAGAGGACGAAGAGCGAAUGUCCGUGUUUGUUGAUAUAGAAAAUCCACCUAGGGCAGUUGAAAUACCUUGAUUCCAAAACUAAUGAUGCACAUGGGCUACAGGAUUUUGAAGGAACAAACGGCAUAUGAUUCUAUUGUUAGUCACCGACUAACAUGGGACUGCAUCUCC